AAAAUUCUUGCUGAUCGACGAUUAUUAGAAAAUGCUCAACAAGUGAAAAUAAUUGAGAAACAAAUUAAAUAUACACAACAUCUUAUUGAGCAUAAACGAAAAACUAUAAGCAAAUGGCAAAAUGGUAGUGCUCAAAAAAUUUACAAAGAUAAUCAAUUAAGUAUGCUUGAACAGGAAAAUAAAGAUUUGGAAAAAAAGAUGGUCGAUUGGUUAAAAGUGAAUCAACGAUUGUUGAAUAUAUUUGAAAUGAUGAAAGAUCAUGAAAUGACGAUGAUUUUUGCUACAGAACGUUGUAAACAACGAAAUAUACAAGCUCGGGAAGAAUGCAACAAAAUUCAAACACAUAUAUUAACAAUAUCGAAAAGAUUGGAUGAUAUAAAUAUGCAUAAUAUCAAUAAUACAUCUUCCAGUUCAAUUACAUUACAUAGUGAAGAGAAUGGAUUAAAACAAAAAUAA